GCACAGAAUGGACCAGACGUACAACCCCACGCCUUCGGCACCCGUUAUCCGCCUCAUGGUCCUCGAGACCGACAAGCCUCAUCCAGACACACACUCCGAGCGCGGCACCUUCGGCAAGAUCGUUCACGAGCAUUUUGCUACCGCCGGGCGCGCCCACAAGCCACCGGUAGGAGUCGAGACAGAUCAGGUCUUCGUUGUAUCUGAGCAAGGCGGCCGGAUUCCAAGUCUGGAAGAGUUUGACAGCUUCGACGGGCUGCUCAUCACUGGAAGCCUGUACGACGCUCACGGUGAUGACGAGUGGAUCCUGCAGCUGCUGGAACUUCUCAAAACCCUCUGGAUCAAACGAGCAGAUUUUCGCUUUCUGGGCGUCUGCUUUGGUCACCAGCUCCUUGCCCGUUUGUUGGGAGGUUCGAUUGGGCCGGCGCCGUCUCAGGACUGGGAGCUCGGGCACUGUCGCAUCGCGCUCACGCCUGUUGGGCAGCGUCUCUUCCGCACGCGUGGGGACGAUAACCAUGUCUACUUGCACCAGAUGCACCAGGAUCAAGUAAAGAUUGCGCCAACCGCGGCGUCCGCAGGACCAGACAUGUUGCCGCAGGAUACAGAGAUUGCAGUCUGGGGCCACACUGACCAUACGCCUGUUCAGGGGCUCUAUAUCCCAAACCGCCUAUUCACCACACAGGCGCAUCUCGCAUUUGACGAGGAUAUGGUCAAGCGGCAGAUCCAGAUUCGGGUGGAGAAGGGCGCAAUCUCUGAUCUCGAACACGCGGAUCGGGCUGCUGAGACGGCUGAUCUGGAGCAUGAUGGGGUUGAGGUUGCAAAGGCUAUACUCAGGUUAUUCAUGGAUGAUGAGGAGGGACAGUGAAGGGAUGUGUAUGUGAAAGUGCUAGAGAAAGGGCAGGCAAAAUUUUUGAUACUCUUUUACAACAAUAUAUCAAAUCAUAUCACAAUAAUA